AUGUUUUCCCGGUUUUACAAGCGCUUCCCGUACACGUCCAUGAUUCCAAAUCUGUAUCGGACUUCGAUGCUUCAUAGUGUACAACCAUUACCAACUAACUCAUUAAUACCCUCGAAGGCCUUUUUCUCAUCUCAGAGAUCUCUGAAAACACGCCUGAGAGAAGGAGAAAAUCUCUAUGGCUUAUUUCUCCUUUCAUUCUCGCCGGAGAUGGCGGAGGUAGCUGCAUUCGCCGGCUACGACUUCAUAGUCAUUGACCUUGAGCACGGUGCCGGCGGUAUUCGGGAAGCGCUACACUGUAUACGCGCUGUUGAGGCAGCAGGAUCUUCCACAGUACUCCGUGUUCCAGAUAAUUGUCAAGCAUGGACCAAGAAGGCUCUUGAUCUUGGCCCGGCCGGCAUUAUGUUUCCGAUGAUAGAGACCGGAAAAGCAGCUUCCGAUGCUGUCUCGUACUGCCGGUACCGACCUAAGGGACUCCGUGGAUGUGCUUACACGAUCGUGAGAGAUUCCAAGUUCGGUUUUGACGAGGAGUAUUUACGUAGUUACUCCGAUCAGCUUCUGAUCAUGUGCCAGAUAGAAUCGGAGGAAGGUGUGAAGAACGUGAAGGACAUUGUAGCCGUUGAUGGGAUGGAUUGCGUGAUGAUGGGGCCAAGGGAUCUAAGCGCGAGUAUGGGGCUCCUCCAUGAUCCAGGAAACCCGAAGGUGAAGUCUGUCAUGAGGACGGCUGAGACGGCGGUGCUAGCUUCCGAUCCGGCCAAUGGCGGAGCUUACUUGGCCGGGAUGGCCACGGCUGAGGACAAACCGGUGGAUCUGAGGUUACGUGGAUAUCACAUGAUACUUGGAGCUACUGACGUGCCUUUGUUUAAGAAGGCAGUGGUUGAUGACGUUAGAAGUUUUAAGUUUGGAUCUUCGUAA